GGAAACUGUCUCAACGCGCUCGCGGAGAAGCAACAGUCCGCGACAGAGAGCAAGACGGCAGCAAAGCACGCGGCGCACGUGCCGUUCCGCGACUGCAAGCUGACGCACAUCCUCCCACCUUCUGGUCUGCGUAGCUGACCGCGAGCGCGACUCCCACAUCACACGCGGGCGCGCGCCGCUCUGUCACGAUCGCGUCGUCCACGCCCCCCACCUCCUCUCCCCCUUCCUCCGCGCGCGAACCCGCGUACACGAGAGAGGGCAUGACGCCCGAGAAGGCGGAGAGCGAGCUCGACGACUGCCGCAAGAACGUGCGCCUCGUCAAGCACAUGGUGGAGGCCAUGGAGAAGGCGGGGUGCGCAAUCAACCGAGACUUUUUCAAGGUGGAUCGCUGCGACCAACCCGUCCUCGGCGGGUUCCGCCCGGACGCGGGCGUCGUGAUCUGCCACAACAACAUCUCGUGCCGAACGGACAUGGAGAACAUGCUGACGCACGAGCUCGUGCACGCGUACGAUCACUGCCGAAACAAAAACAUGAACUGGUUGGACCUGAAGCAGCACGCGUGCUCGGAGAUUCGCGCGUCGAAUCUGAGCGGGGACUGCCACUGGGUGAACGAGUUCUUCCGAGGGUCGUUGAACGUGCGCAACGGGCAUCAGAAGUGCGUGCGGAGGCGGGCGGUGCUGUCCACGGCGAUGAAUCCGGCGUGCGAGAGCAAAGCGCACGCGGUCGAGGCCGUGGACGCGGUGUUUCAAACGUGUUUCAACGACCACCGUCCCUUCGAGGACAUACCGUGAUCGCGACGACACCGCUAGCGUCGCACUAGCUAGGCACGCGUAGAAUACGAUAGCGGCGCGGAGACGAAUAAAGGUUUUUCUGUGGU